CGCGAGAAGUUUCUCCGCCGCUCGUCCCAUGUCUUAUUGACCGCAUUUUCUCCGCUUUCCCCUUCGCUUUCGGGCGGGGGAUUUCCGUCGCCGGCUGAGGGAGAAAUUCGGUCGGUGAUGUCCGUUGUUAUGGCUGAUCAACUACGGUUUGCGGUCUCCUUCCUGCUGCUUCUUCUUGCCGUCGUUUCCCGGCCGUCCGCAUGUGUGCCAGAGAGUAAUCCUUCGGUUAUCCGCUUGCCGGAGGGAAUUUCUGGGGAGAGCUCCUCUGUGCCUUCUGAGCGUGUUGAGUCGUCAAUUUCUUGCCCGGUCAAGUGCUUCACCACGAAUCCCGUCUGCGGCGCCGACGGCGUCACAUAUUGGUGCGGCCCUGCCGAUGCAUUCUGUUCGGGCACCGAGGUCGUCAAACUAGGGUUUUGCGAAGUUGGUAAUGGUGGAAAUGGGGCGUUCCCUGGUCAGGCCUUCCUUCUAAUACACAUCAUAUGGCUCGUCGUGCUAGGGUUUCACUUUCUGCUGGGGUUCUUCUGAUUAAUUCCCUUUGAGGGGGGAUUAGUUUCUUGUCAUUGUAGAGAUGUACGUGUGCUGUUUUUUUUCUUUGGGUUCUGUUGUCUGUACGUUGUUCAAUUUUUUCUAAAGACAUCGAUUCUUUGUAUUUUUUUUUUUUGGAAUUUCCCUUUAAUCUCUUCGGAGCGUUAUGCGAUUUUGCCAUUACGUGUCUUCUCUUGUAAGAAGAACCUGUGAUGUUCUCUGCAUAUAUGAAAAGUUCGUUGCACAGCGUCUGAAUCUUC